GCAUGAUCUGGGAAAGUGUGUAUAAAUUAGUUGUGUGGCACUGUAUUAUUGCAAAUGAGCUGUUGAAAAAGCCUUUUUCAGGAAUCAUGGAUGCUGUGUUUUUUGGGCUUGUCAUACUACAAGUUGUGACAUCUGUUCUGUCCUAUCCAAGUGGGGCACCAACUUCAGCUUGUGUGGAUAUGAUGCCCAGGCAUGGAGGAGUACAGCCCAAGCCAAACCCUGCUCCAUACACCAUCCAUCCAAGCAGCAAAACUUUUCAGACUGGCAAACCUAUUACAGUUGUAAUCAAAGGUCCAGACUAUAGAGGCGUUCUCCUUGAGGCUCGCUCUGGAUCCGACUCAAUAGCAAUAGGAACCUGGCAGACACCUCCAUCUAACACAAAGUUCUUAGCGUGUUCAGGAAACCAGCAAGGUGCAAUCACCCAUGCGAACACCAACAUAAAAAACAACUCCACUGUAUAUACCUGGAUUCCACCAGCUACAGACAAAAAUGUCAUCUUCAAGGCCACCGUAGCCCAGCAACGCACUGUGUUCUGGGUAGACGUGAUGUCUUCAACUUUGACUUCCAGUAAAGGAGGAACAUCACUUGAUGUAUACAGUAGUGCCGAAAGGAUUGCCACACCAAGGAUUGUAACCCUGUUACUUUUUGUCCUGCUGGCAAUUGUUCAAUACAUGGUUGCUUUAGAAUGAUCCAAUACUGAUUAAGUUAUACUAUCUCAGUUACUCUAUAUAAAAUAUUUAACCAAUAUUAGACAUUAAGACAUAGUUUUAUUUGCCUGACUAAAUAAAAAUAAAUAAUGUAAUGCACAAAAAUGUUUUA